AUGAACAAAGAAGAACAGCUUCGAACUUCUAUGAACGCCGAAACACUAAUGGAGGAUCUAGAGCAAGGAAAGGGGAAACUUACUGUUGCUGACGGAGCACGGAAGGCGCGCCGCGUUUCUCUGGUGACGUCAUGGCGGUUUAUUAUGAUCUUGGAAGAUGACGUCGGGGCAGUUUACAAGAUGUACGUGAAGAAAGAUGGAUAUGAUGCAACUGGCUGCUACAACAUGGAUUGCCCUGGUUUCAUACGGGCAGAUGGUGCUGUUAUAGCUCCUGGUGAUGCUAUACAUCAAAAAAAACUUGUCAUAACUUAUGUCAAAAGUAUAAAUAUGAAGGGCCUUAACCUGAGCACUAAUCAAUUUCAGGACAAAACAAGUGGAGACUGGUGGGUGCAUUACGGCUUUAACAAAAUUCCAACAAGUGUAGGAUACUUUCCGAAGUCGUUGUUCAGCUACUUAGCACAAAAGGUGAACCGAAUGGCUUUUGGUGCAUUUGUUAUAUCUAAAAAAGCAAUUCCAACUCCUCCAAUGGGCAGUGGUGCCUUCCCAAAUGGUGGCAAGGGUCGCGUCGCAUCAUUCACCGAUCUUCGAUUCAUUGAUCAGAAUGGAAAUAGCAGACCAAUCACAGCAAACGUGACCAUGUAAGUAACAGAUGCCAAAUGCCUCUAUUACUGCUAUAAAAAUGCUAAAUGCUUUUAUGGUGGGCCUGGAGGUUGUUGUAAUAAGCCACGGCGUGUGUGGUCGGGCUCGUCGGGCACGACGGAUUCGCGCGGGACGUGCGGGACACACUGAUGCAGUCGGGCGCGACGGAUGCACGCGGGACGUGCGGGACGCAACGGAAGCGUGGCGUGUGUGCGUGUGUGGUGUGCGUUGCGCAUGUAUAUGUGUGGGUAGUGGCCAAGGUAGACAGGCUAGGCUGUUGAUCCGUUGCGAGCCGGACGCGGCGUGCGCGUUGAGCACGUCGUGGGCAUGCGGAUAGCGCCCGUGCAUGCAGCAGGGUGGAGUGGGCUGCGUCUAGGCGGA